AUGGAGGCCGAUUUGGGUGGCACCGAAUUGCUUCAACCGUUGCAAUGGCUUGCAAGUUAUCCGUCUGAUCGAGGCCGAGCUCGUCAGAUAUUUCUUCUGACUGACGGCGAGAUUUCCAAUGUUGCACAAGUACUCGAUCUGUGUCGAUCGAUGACUUCGUCUACUCGAAUCUUUUCAUUCGGUUUGGGUCACUCGCCCAGCCGAUCUCUGGUCAAAGGUCUUGCUCGAUCGACCAAUGGUCGAUUUGUUUUCAUUCCACCGAAUACAAGCGUCGAUGUUCAAGUCGGCGAACAAUUGCGCAAGGCUCUUCAAUUGUGCAUCACCAACGUUCACAUCAAAUGGAAUCUUGGAGUCGACGUACAAAGUGCACCGAAACGAUCACCACCGGUAUACGUCAACGAUCGAUUGAUUGUCUACGGUCUUGUCGAUGAUGAUAAAACGAUUCCGUUCGAUCAUAAUCCUUUGGUUGAACUCGAAACUGAACAUGAUCAUCAUCGAUUGGCCAUAGCCAAAGUUGAUCGAGUACCAAGUGUCAGUGAUGAUCGAACGAUUUUUACAUUUAAAAUAAAUUUAAUUUGUCUUAAACUAAAUUUAUUUUAA